UGCCUCAGCUUCCCCACCUCGCGCUAGACUUAUUUUACCCUUCCUUCCGCUCCGCGUUUAAGUCCCAAGCCCGCAUCCAAGAUGACGAAAGGUACGCAGAGUUUCGGUAUGCGCCACAACAAGACCCACACCAUCUGUAGACGGUGUGGGCGCAGCUCUUACCACAUCCAGAAGAGCACCUGCUCUUCGUGUGGCUACCCCGCUGCUAAGAUGCGCAAGUUCAACUGGAGCCAGAAGGCCCUGCGUCGCCGCACGACGGGCACUGGCCGCAUGCGCCACCUGAAGAACGUUCAGCGUCGUUUCAAGAACGGCUUCCGUGAGGGUUCUUCCGCUGUGUCGAAGAAGGCCGCCACCAACUAAGUACACUCGAGAGGAAUCCGCUCGAUUGGAACAGGGGAAAACAGGCAGCUUGGGGUAAAAAGACAACACACUAGCUAGCGAAGCGACAGGGAGACGGCGAGCAGGAGCGUGGAAGACGUUGGAGACGAGAGCGAAAGUGGAAUUUGAAGCUCUUUUAAGUGCAAGUGACAACCGACAAAACAGGCGAAAGCGUGCAGAGACGAUCGUCCCGACCGCUUGUUGGGGGCAACAUGAGCCGCCUUCGACCUUCCAAUCCAAUAUUCACAUCCUUUAGCCGUUCCUCCA